AUGAUCGCCAGGACCGGUCACUUAUCAAGGCCGGCAAUGCCGCCUGCUGGUCCCGACUAUUUUCAACGGUGGUCUUGGCGGCAUCUGUGGCAUCAACGAAUACCCCGACGCUGGAUCAAGAUGCUUUCCCUACUCACUCUAGCAGGCUUCUGCUCUCUCGGCCUUAGUCUGAGCAUCUCACAAAGAGACCAGAACUUCGCUACUGGCCGCAAGUUGCAAGACGUUGGAAACGAUCAAGAAUCUAGCCGUUUCCCUCCCACUCGUCAGACACAUCAAAAUACUCAUGACCCUACCAUUCUCCGUGUGGGUGAUGAGUACUAUCUAUACAAUGUCGGUGAGCACAUGCUUAUCCACACGGCACCCAGUAUGGCCGGCCCAUGGAAAUUCGUCGGCAAUGUUCUGGACGACAACAGUGUGAUUCCCAAAGGUGACCGUGUCGCACCUUGGGCACCCACCGUCAUAGCCGUGGAUGGCACGUAUUACUGCUACUACAGUGUGAGCAAAGCUGGAUGUCGCGAUAGUGCUGUCGGCGUGGCUACAUCCAGCUCACCGGGUCCCGGGAACUGGUUCGACCACGGCGCCAUCAUUGAAACGGGGACUGGCAAGGGAUCGGAUAUCCAUCCCUACACCGUAUCGAAUGCCAUUGAUCCUAGCACAUUGAUAACACCCGAUGGUCAAGCUUAUUUGACUUGGGGAAGUUAUUGGAAUGGGAUCUUCCAAAUCCCCCUUGGUGAUGACCUGAUAUCCCCUGCCAGCACCACGGAGCCCGAUGCCCGCCAGCUGGCGUGGGAGCCGAAGUCUCUCGGCAUGCCGAAUCGCAUGGCGAACACUAUCUGCGGUGACCCGACCGGCCCCCAUGCUAUCGAGGGUGCUUUCAUUUCGUACAAUGACGGAUGGUAUUAUCUCUGGUACAGCCACGGGUUCUGCUGCGGCCUGAAGGCGGAUAACCUGCCGCCCGCUGGACAAGAGUAUUCUAUCCGUGUUGGACGCUCCCACAGCCCCCGCGGUCCAUUCACCGACAGGUCCGGUACGGAUCUAGUCAAGGGCGGUGGUGAACUUGUCUACGGCUCGAAUGGAGAUACAUAUGCCCCAGGUGGGCAGGGUGUUCUCCGAGAUGGUGACACUGACAUUCUUUACUACCACUACUGUGAGUUGACACAUCUUCCGCCUGUGAAAUUCCCCCAUACUGACCUCUUCACAGUGAAUAAGACGAUUGGAAUUGACUUCCCGGAUGCUCUCCUUGGUUUUAACCCUCUCAAAUAUGUGGAUGGAUGGCCUGUCGCCCAGGCUUAA